AAGGGGAUGGAAGGGCAGUCGGGACGCUACAAAUAAGUGGUGGUAGAGUUCUGCUGCACACAGUCAACAGAGCAAGGUGAGGAUGAGGAGGGCUCUUCAACUGCUGCUGGCCUCUCUGGCCUUGGUCUCCUUGAUGUCUCUCAUCGAUGCUGGACCACUGAACCUGAUGUCUGCCCCAAACCUGCUGCGAGUGGGAACAGCAGAAAACAUCUUUGUGGAGUGUCAGGACUGCAGUGAGGAGAAAUACCUCGUGACUAUCUAUGUUAAAAACUUUCCAACAAAGGCCAGAAUACUGGCAACCACACAAGUGACCCUCACCAAUGCUACAAGCUACCAGGGCUUUGCACAGAUCACUAUCCCUCCUGAAGAAUUCAGCAGGGAUGCUACUGCAAAACAGUUUGUCAGCUUGGAAGCUGAGUUCCCAGGCUUUAAACUGGAGAAAGUCGUCGUGGUGUCUUUCCAGUCUGGCUUCAUUUUUAUCCAGACCGAUAAGACACUGUACACCCCCAACAGCAAAGUGUAUUUCAGAAUGUUUGGUUUGACCCCUCACAUGGAGCCAGUAGUUAAUGACACCAAUACUGACACCUCCAUUUCCAUAGAGAUUGAGACCCCUGACAAUAUCACCCUACCAUUGGACUCCGUCUCUCUCAAAUCAGGAAUGCACUCCGGACACUACCAGCUGAAUGAGAUUGUCAGUCCUGGACUUUGGAAAAUUGUGGCAAAAUUCCAGAGCAACCCACAGGAGAAUUUCUCUGCAAUUUUCGAGGUCAAAGAAUAUGUGCUCCCCAGCUUUGAGGUCAAGCUCUCUUCCCUGAGACCUUUCUUCUAUGUAGACAGUGAGACUUUAGAGAUUAACAUUAAAGCCAGGUAUCUUUUUGGACGAGAAGUGAAUGGGAAUGCCUAUGUAGUGUUUGGUAUCAUUGACCAAGGUCAGAAGAAGAGCUUUCCUGACUCUCUAUCCCGAGUGCCGAUUGAGAAUGGAGAAGGAAAUGUUGUGUUGAAGAGGGAACAGAUCACAAAAACCUUUCCAGAUAUCAAUCAGCUUGUGGGCUCCUCCAUCUUUGUUUCUGUUAGCGUGCUGACAGACAGUGGCAGUGAGAUGGUGGAGGCAGAGCUCAGAGGCAUCCAAGUCGUCACAUCUCCUUACACCAUCAGCAGAGACUAAUGAUCCAAAAAUUUCACCUACAAGACAAGCUAAAGCCACGAUGGAAGCAAAGCAAUACACUACCAACAGCAAGACUUACAUCCAUAUCGGUGUGGGCACGCCUGAAGUCAAAUUAGGUGAUAACCUGAAGAUUGACCUAUUUCUGAACAAUAAGCCGAGUGGAAGCAAAGACAUCACUUAUCUGAUCACAAGCAGAGGUCAACUGGUGAAAUUUGAACGUUACAAAUCAAAAGGACAAUCGCUGAUCUCCCUCACAAUUACUGUUACCAAAGAGAUGCUGCCGUCUUUCCGGAUCGUUGCCUUCUACCAUCCCACCGAUGAUGAAGUGGUUUCAGACUCCGUUUGGGUGGAUGUUAAAGAUUCAUGCAUGGGCUCGCUCAGAAUGGAGCUUGAAACACCUGCUGCUGUCUAUGAGCCCCGUGACAGGUUUGGUUUAAAGGUCUCUGGAGAUCCAGGUGCCACCGUGGGACUGGUGGCUGUAGACAAAGGUGUUUACGUCCUAAACAGCAAACACCAACUCACACAGAAAAAAAUUUGGGAUGAAGUGGAGAAGUAUGACACUGGCUGCACUCCUGGUGGAGGGAAGGAUGGCUUGAGUGUUUUCUAUGAUGCUGGGCUGUUAUUUGAGUCCAGUACUGCAUCAGGAACAGCUAACAGACAAGACGUAAAAUGUGCAGCACCGUCCAGGAGAAGGCGCGCCUCGACCAUCAUGGAUGUCAGAACCACAUUAUUGAGUCAGUAUGAGGAAGAUCUACAGCGGGAAUGUUGUUUGGACGGCAUGAAGGACUCCCCAGUUUCAUACACAUGUGAGCGUCGCUCUGAGUACAUUCUGGAUGGUCAGGCUUGUGUCGAUGCUUUCAUCACCUGCUGCAAAGAGAUAGAAAAACAACUGCUUGAAAAUAAAGAGGAGAGCCUGCAUCUGGCCCGCAGUGAGACAGAUGAUAGCUACAUGGACAGCAAUGAAAUCGUCACUCGCACCAAUUUCCCAGAAAGCUGGCUGUGGAACGACAUUAUCCUGCCAGAAUGCCCCAUAAAUACAUCAUGUGACUCAACUUCAUUCAUUAAAAAUGUUCCUCUGCAAGAUUCCAUCACAACCUGGGAGUUCACUGGAAUCAGUCUGUCAAGAACACAUGGCAUCUGCGUGGGAGAGCCACUGGAGGUGAUUGUCCGCAAAGAUUUCUUCAUAGACCUUCGGCUGCCGUACUCAGCUGUCCGGGGAGAACAGCUGGAAAUAAAAGCCAUUCUGCACAACUACAAGCGACAGAUCAUAACAGUUCGUAUAGAUCUAGCCGAGGAAAAGGACGUGUGCAGUGAAGCUUUUAAACGUGGGAAAUAUCGACAGGAGGUAAACGUUGGGGCCAUGACAACAAGAUCUGUUCCCUUCAUCAUUAUUCCCAUGAAGGAGGGGACUCUUAAAAUCAAGGUCAAAGCUGCCGUCAAAGAUUCAUUCAUGAGUGAUGGAGUGGAGAAAAACCUGCGAGUGGUUCCCCCAGGAGUUUUAGUUAAAGCUUUAGAAACCGUGACCUUGGAUCCAGCUAAUAAAGGAAAAAACGGUGAACAAGUGGAAGUUCUGAACAGCAACAUUUCUGAACGUAAUUUGAUUUCAAACUCACCUACAAGCACUGAGAUCUCAGUGACAGGCCGAGAACAAGUUUCUGGUCUGGUGGAGAAUGCCAUCAGUGGAAAGUCUAUGGGUACUCUGAUUUAUCAACCCUCUGGCUGUGGAGAGCAGAACAUGAUCCACAUGACCCUGCCUGUCAUUGCAACUACGUAUCUGGAUAAAACCAACAAAUGGGAAGCCGUUGGAGUUCAGAAACGGGCUGAGGCCCUUCAGCACAUAAAAACUGGCUAUACCAACGAGUUAACCUAUCUAAAAAAUGAGGGUUCAUUUGCCGUCUAUCCUUGGGCUUCAAGCAGCACCUGGUUAACAGCUUAUGUUGUCAAAGUGUUUUCCAUGGCCAACAACCUGGUAGCCAUCAAAAAGGAGCAUAUUUGUGAUGCUGUGAAGUUCCUGAUCCUCAAAGCUCAGCAGCCCGAUGGCUUGUUCACAGAAGUUGGAGAGGUCUAUGCGGUAUCGAUGACUGGUGAUGUUUUUGGCUCCAACUCUGAUGCCUCCAUGACAGCGUUCUGCCUCAUUGCCAUGCAGGAGUCACGCACACUCUGCUCAACAGCCGUUAACAGUCUACCAGGCAGCAUUAACAAUGCAGUUGCUUACCUGGAGCAACGACUCCCCAGCCUUACAAAUCCUUACGCUGUUGCCAUGGCAUCAUAUGCUCUGGCUAAUGAGGGAAAACUAAACCGCGAGAUUCUCUACAAGUUUGCUUCUUCAGAGUUGUCCCACUGGCCUGUUCCUGGAAGUCCCAUCUUAACCCUUGAAGCCACAGCUUAUGCUCUACUGGCUUUGGUCAAGACCAAGUCUUUUGAAGAUGCCAGACCUGUUGUGAGAUGGUUCAACCAGCAGCAGACUGUUGGUGGGGGCUUUGGAUCCACCCAGGCUACAAUAAUUGUAUACCAGGCUAUAGCAGAGUACUGGACCAACGCCCCAGAACCAGAGUAUGAUCUGAAAGUGGAUAUCUUGUUGCCAGGCAAAUCAAAACCUGAUAAAUAUGAAUUCAACCGUGACAACAGCUACGCUACAAGAACCUCUAGAAUCAAAGAUAUAAACAAAGAUGUAAAAGUGAAGGCCACCGGAUCAGGAGAAGCUGUUGUCAAAAUGGUGUCCUUGUACUAUGCUCUUCCUCAAGAAAAGGAAAGUGACUGCCAGAAAUUUAACGUAUCAGUGAAGCUGCUUCCAGAUAAGAAUAUUGGAGAUACAAAGGUCUACAAGCUUCAUAUGGAGGUUUUAUACAAGGACAGCGAACGUGAUGCCACCAUGUCCAUCUUAGACAUCGGUUUGCUGACAGGCUUCACUCCCAACCUGGAUGACCUAAAUGCUCUGUCUAAAGGGCAUGCCCGCAUCAUUAGCAAGUUUGAAAUGGAUACAGCUCUUUCAGAAAAAGGCUCCCUCAUCAUCUACCUGGAUAAGGUUUCUCACACCAGACCAGAGGAGAUCAGUUUCAGGAUCCAGGAGACCAUGGAGGUGGGCGUUCUUCAGCCAGCAGCAGUGUCUGUCUAUGAAUAUUAUGAGCAAACACCUUGUGUUAAGUUUUACCAUCCAGAAAGGGAGGCAGGACAGCUGAAGCAGUUGUGCAGAGGUGACGUGUGCAAAUGUGCAGAAGAGAACUGCAGCAUGCAGAGGAAGGGUCAAAUCAACAAUGAUGAGCGAACAACUAAAAUCUGUGAGAGCACAGAGACCAGUAAAAUUGAGUACGCAUACAAAGUUCUGGUGAAAAAAGUUGACUACAAACAGUCUAUAGACACCUAUACCAUGCGAGUGCAGGAUUCAAUCAAAGAAGGAAGUACAGAUGUUAGCCCCAAGGGAAACCUGCGGGAAUUUGUCAAUUACCCCCAUUGUAGAGAAGCUUUGAAUCUGGUGGAAGGCAAAACAUACCUGAUCAUGGGAUCAUCCGGAGACAUCUACAGAGAUGAAAAACAGCAAACAUAUCAGUACGUCCUUGGAGAGAGAACUUGGAUUGAGUAUUGGCCAACAGCUGAGGAGUGUCAAGGAGAUGAACACAGAGACACAUGUCUGGGCUUAGAUGAUAUGCUGGAACAGUACAGGGUGUUUGCAUGUCAGCAAUAAAGAGAAAAAAAUCUUC